ACAAGCAUUUCUCUCUCUACACAUCUUUAAAUACCUGACCUAAACUGUACUCACUUUUUAAUUACUUCUAUCAAAAUUUCUGAUCAAUUCAACUCUGUAUCAAAUGCUACAAUAAUGGAGAACGGAAAACUACACAACGGAGGAGUUUCUUCGUCGGAAACUUUCAACGGCGGUGAAGACGUGUAUAGUUCUAAACAAUCUGAUGUUUCUACCGCCGAUCAUCUUGUUAUGAUGGUACACGGUAUUCUCGGAAGUGCUUCGGACUGGAAGUUUGGUGCGGAGCAGUUUGUUCGGAAUCUUCCCGACAAAGUUUUUGUUCAUUGCAGUGAACGUAAUAUGGCUAAACUAUCGUUGGAUGGUGUGGAUGUAAUGGGAGAGCGAUUAGCUGAGGAGGUUCUUGAUGUGGUCAAAAGAAGGCCAGGUUUGAAGAAAAUUUCUUUUGUUGCACAUUCGGUUGGAGGAGUAGUGGCAAGAUAUGCAAUUGGGAAAUUAUAUAGACCUCCACGAACGGAGAAUGGGCAGAAAUUCUCGGAUGAUACCAGUGAAGAAGGGUCAAAGGGGACAAUAGCCGGCCUGGCACCAAUAAAUUUCAUCACUGUUGCCUCACCUCAUCUGGGUUCCAGGGGUAACAAGCAGGUGCCAUUUCUUUUUGGUGUAACUGCCUUUGAGAAAGCUGCUGGGCUUUGUGUUCAUUGGAUAUUCAAGAAAACAGGCCGACACCUUUUCCUUAACGAAGAUGAAGGAAAGCCUCCAUUACUAAGACGGAUGGUGGAAGAUGAUGGUGAAUUACGCUUUAUGUCUGCAUUAAGUUCAUUCAAGCGAAGGGUCGCAUACUCAAAUGUUGGUUAUGAUCAUAUUGUAGGUUGGGGAACAUCGUCAAUUAGACGUAAUAAUGAACUGCCUAAGUGGGAGGACUCCUUAAGUAAGAAGUAUCCUCACAUUGUGUAUCAAGAGCAUUGCAAGGCGUGUGAUGGUGAGCAGAGUGAGUCUGUUUUGAAGGAAGGUGAUCAAUUUGACAAGCUAGAAGAGGAAUUGGUGACUGGUUUAUCUCGGGUAUCCUGGGAGAAAAUAGAUGUCAGCUUUCACAGCAGCAGGAACAGAUUUGCUGCACAUAGUGUUAUUCAGUGAUCACAUAUACAAAACCAAACACACAAGGAGCAAGGGAAAUCCGCAGUCGCUACCCUUUGGGUGCGCACAGGGUAAAAAACUCCUCCCGUGCAAUAGCUCGCAAACCACACAGAAGAGGUAAUCCACUUUAGGCAAGCUUGGUGCGACGAGCUCGACCCAGAAGGUGAACCCCUUGCUCUUUCGCUGGCAGGGGUUUCGAACUUGAGACCUCCAACAUGGAAGUACUAAUCCCAAACCACUGGGCCACCCGAAGGGUAAGGAGCCCGCAACAUAGUGCCUCGUUUGCUUGAAAGGAUUGUAAAUAUCAGGUUACUUCCAAAAUGUUGCAAAGUUUUCCAACCCAUAUAAAAGUGUUAUUUGUUCUUAUCUUGGUAGGAACUAGGAAGUACUUUUGUCCACCACAUAAUGUUUUUGAUGAGAGCUGUCGUGUAUGUGAUGAUCAGAGUUGAGUUGUAUAACCUGAAAAUGUGUUGAUCUUUAGUUUUUGGCCAAUUCUACAUAUUUUUGGGACUACAUAACAUCAAUGGCACAUGUGCACAAAUUUCUGAGUAAAUAUGUUUGUACUUUGGCAAGUUAGCUCUUUAACUGAUAGGGGACUUUAUAGGCUUGGAGAGUGAUGGUGGUUGGAACAAACUGAUGAAAUUUCAUGCCUAGAUCUUCAUAAGUGAGCUAUGUUUAUGCCUAUUAGGUACUAUACAUCAUAAAGGGCACUUGUGCACAGAUUGCCGUGUGAUUUGGUUUGUAUUGGUAAUUUAUUGACCUGGUGAGUGGUCAUCGUGGGAAGAGCUUGUGUAAAAUUUUUACACCCUUGUGACAUGGUAAUGAAUAUUCUUCUGCAAGCUAACCCAUGGUUCAUUUUUUUGGAAGUUUAAAACCAGUAUGCUAAUAUAGUAUUAGUUGGUGUCUCAGUUUGGAACAAAGAGGUUCUUGGUGGACUGAAUCUGGUGUUCCUAAGUAAGAGUGAUCUUAGGUCAUCAGUGUUGCUUAUCGGGGGUUGACUGUGUCAUUUACUUAAAAAAUCCUGUAACUGAAUGAUGAUCAGAGUAUACAAAGGUCAAAUCAUAAGGACGAAAAAAGGGUCAUUUGGUGGAUGAUAUUGUGCUGGGGAAAAAAAGUGAGCAUUGGAUCUGUUGUAUUGCUCGACAUUUUAAAAUUCCUAGUACAGUUUUUUGGAGUUUUAUAUUCUAUGCCUCUAAUGUUUGAAA